UACUCGAGUUGAUCGACUUGAUUUCUCCAGUGUUUCUUUAUCGAUUGUAUCUAUUGCAGAAGGGCUGGUUUCCUUCGUCCAUUCAUUUGUAUAUUAUUCUCUAUCCGACCUGGUCGUCUCUAGCCAUGCUGUCCCUACCAAUCAUUCUUUCAUUCACCACUUCGCUGGCCGCCGCCGCUGGUCUGUCUGAUGCUUCGUUGAAGAACUACGUCAACUCGCUUGAGCUUGAUUAUAGCUUCAACCCCGUCAAGGAAGCAUACUGGACAAGCCUGCCUCACCAUCGCAGAACACCUUUUGCACUCUCUCCCGACGGCAGCCGUGCUUUCCUCGCCUACCUGGACAACAGCGAGACUGAUGUCCACAUUCAGCGUGUUGACCCGAAGACCUUCGCUGCUGUCGGCAGUGCUGUCACCGUCAAGGGAGGAAAGGAAGCUGGUGGACUCGUUGCUCACAACGAUGGCUUUGCUUUGUUGACCAAUGAGGCACUUCCAUCUGGCACUUCCAGUGCUCCUGCAGACAGCACUCCCGUUCCUGUUCUCUACAGAUACACCGAAGGAGAGCAGACCUUCAAGACUUUCUUGGGUGGCCCCGGUGUCCACGAAAGCGACGGUCUUUCCGCAUCGCCUGACCUGAACGGCGAUCUCGUCUACUCCGAGAAGGCUGGCUUGUACGGUGCCUAUUUUGUUGUCACAGACUACAGCGGCUGGGCUGAAGGUCACUUUGGUGACUCGGUUCAAUAUAUUUCCACCAAUGGUUCUCUCGAGACCCUGCCUGAGUCCAGCGCAUGGGGUUGCUCUCACAACACCGGUAUCGCCUUCGAGGCUGCCGACGCUGUCCCAUUCGCCAGCAUUUGUGCCGAGGAUCAGGGUGACAUCUGGCUCAACACGAACAACCGAGGUAUGGACCUUUCGGGCACCAAGAUCUCGAACGAGAACACCACAAACGGUGCUGGCGGUGAGUCCAUGGGCGGCAUGUCUGGUUCUUACAGCAACCUCGCACGCUACCAAGGCGAGGAUUCGUAUAUCUUCUCCUGGGUCUCUCGCGGUGCCGUCGACCUCUACGAGAACAGCUGGAUGGGCAAGGGUUAUGUCGCUUCCGCCAACAGAACCAACGGUCGUAAUGUAGCCAUCGCAACCUUUUCUGACAAGCAGACCAUGGAUGGCGAGCAGGCUUCUUCAGUCGUUGGAGCCAAAGAUGGUGACUCGCAAGUCAACUGGAUCACUUCGGGCACUGCUGACUGCUCCAAUGCGCACGUUGCUACUUUUGAUGGUGCCAAUGCCCUCGUGACCUGGGAGCAGAUCGAUGAGCCUCAGUGCAACAACAUCGCUAUGGGUUGCCAGGGAGAGUUCAGCGGAUCCUACUUCCAGCUGGUUAACAAGGGCAGCAAGGUUGGUGAGCCCCUGAAGUUGAUGGAUACCUACGUCGCUGGCGACAUGGUUACUAUGGACGACGGUCGCAUCUGCUGGCCUUAUGUCAACAUGACUUGGAGACUUGACCAGGCUGCCGGUUCAUACGGUGGUCUUCCUUCUUCGACCACCAAGCAGAUCUCGUUUGCUUGUAUGAGCUCUGGAAAUGAUACUUCAUCUUCGAGCGCGGUCGCUUCUUCAACUGCUAUUUCGAGUGCCAUCUCUUCUUCAAGCGCCGUUAGUCCCAGCACUGCUGCCUCGACUCAGGUAGAGGUAACCGCCGCUACCGUCAGCACCUCAUCUUCCGCGGUCGCAUCCAAGGUCCCAGCCUCCUUCCCUGUCGUCAGCUCAUCAAGCACCAUGGCCUCGUCCAUCUCUAGCGUCAAGAUCGCCAAGAUAGCACACUCGAGCACAUCUUCUCUCGCCACCUCUGUGUCUGCUUCCGCGACCACUUUCUCGACUCAUGUCAGAGCAUCUUCUACUUCGAGUGUCGCAGCCAAGGAGGCCCCUACUGCAUUGGCUGAUGCCGCCGAGAACAAGGGCGAGGAUUGCAAAGUCCAGUACAUCUACGAGUAGUGUGGAUGAUCUAGUAUGGAGGCGUCAAACGUGGCAGUCGAAUUUAUCGUGUCUUCAAAACGCCGUUCAAUCGAGACGUGUGGAGCUAGGGCUGUCGA